AUGAAUUUUUUGAAAACCAGCAAUUUCAACUUUCAACAAUAUUGCUUGAAAACACAUGGCUCCAUCAAAAAAUUAUUCGACAAAGCCAAGAAUGGUGAUGUUUUUGCCCAAGAAGACCUGGGUUUGGCUUACUAUGAAGGAGGCGAUUUUCUGGCUAAGGACAUCGACAAGGCAAUCUACUGGUUACGUAGUGCUGUAGAAAACGGGUAUGAAGCUCCAGCCGUUCUUGGAAAACUAGGAGAAGUGCUAGAUUUAAAAGGAACACCUUCAUCCCAACGGAAGGCUUUCGAGAUGUACAAUAGGGCUGCGAAUUUGGGGUGCACAAAUUCGCAAAUCAAUCUUGCAGAAAUGUAUCGAUGUGGAGUUGAAGGAGUCGUGAACGAAAACAUCGAAGAAGCUUUUAAAUGGUAUAAGAUGGCGGCUGGUGAAAACCACCUGAGUAAUGAUGGAGCGCUGGAACAGUUAUUAGCUGGAGCAAUGAGAACAGUGGAUAAUACUCUUGGUAGUGUGUUGAAAUUUAAGGCCCUUAGACUUUUGUUCAAAUACUACCUCAAUGGAGAUUGUCCAGAGGGCCGACCACAACCAACCAAAGCUGUUUAUUAUUUGACCAGAGCAGCUGAACUAGGCGAUGCUGAGGCUCAGCUAGAGUUAGGACAAAUAUAUCUGACCGGAGGUUGUGAGCAACUCAAAGAUGUUGCAAAGGCAAGACGAUGGCUGCAGAAGGCCUCUGCUUAUGGUGAUUUGAGGGCGAAGCAGGUAGGUGUGAUGGCAACUUUUGCAUUUGGAAUUAUUGGGGAGUGGGUGACAAGUGAUUAGCACAACUCUUUCUCAAACUCUCAAAUGAAAGAGUUAAAGGCUGUUUAUCACAGGUGUCAGGGAAUAGAUAUUAAUAGGUAACUUAUCAAGUUGCCCCAAAGUCAUCUCACCCAAUUGAAAGUUAUGUUUCCUGAAACCAGAGUUAAGUCACCCAAAAUUUAUGGUUAGUAUGUUGGGUGAAAUGUUAUCAGGUGUAAUACACAGAGCAUGUAUAUGUUGUGUAUAUGGCAAAGAGCGUGUAUAUGUUUUGGUUCAAUUUUAUCCUUGGUUUAAAUUUUAUUUUCCUUUGUGUCAGAGUCAUUAUCAUACAUUACCAUACCCCAAAACAAAGGAAAAUAAAAUCUAAACCAAGGAUAAAUUGGACUACGACAUAUAUAUCUGGUUCUUCAAAACCUCAUGAGACAAAACAAGUGGGUCAAAUGUGUAGAGGCCCUGCCAGGGUAAAUUCCGACAAGCGACAUGACCCAAAGAGUAGCGACAGAGUGUAAAAUGAAAUCGCGACAAGAGACAACCUGCCUCAGCCAAACUGCGACAGUGAUGGCAAAGCCGAGAAUAAGUGUCGGACAAAGAACGUUGGACUGGCUAAUUUAUCACCAGUCUGAAUGCCAAGAAGAAGUAAUUUUUUGAUCAAUUUUCCUUGAGCUUCUAGGAACGUCUGUUGUCAGUGAGCUUGUGUGGAGUCCCUCCUGUGAAUUGUGUUAAUUGUGAAGGGUGAUGUAUAGGUGUUCGAUAUGCGAAAUGUUAACUGAGAAGUUGCAGAACUAUAAUGGUUUCUUUAUAUCGCAUCACUUUUCCCCUUUUCUACAAUUCCGACAAAGGCAAAGAAUUUUUGUUCAAUUUCCGACAGUGGUGUGAAGCAUUUAUAAACACCAACACGAGACGUUUUAAAAUUCACACAAGGGACAUGAGACANUUCUUUAUAUAACAUCACUUUUUCCCUUUUUUACAAAUCCAAAAAAAGAAAAAAAUUUUUUUUCAAAUUCCCGCAGGGGGGGGAAACAUUUAAAAACACCCACCCGAGACGUUUUAAAAAUCACACAAGGGGAAAGAGGACCCCCCCCCCCCCCCCUGGCAGGGCCUCUGUGUAAUAUAUCUCAUUCCUUAAGCAAUAAUGAAAUGAAAGAAGCACAAUAAAUGAGUAAUAAUUAUAUCUUGUUCUUUUAGCUUUUAUGUAGACAAAACAAGCAUGAUGAAUGUGUAAUAGGGAUUUUAGGAUGUCGUUGAACAUGAUAAAAUUUUGCGCGAUAUAAGAAGCAUUUCAGGCAACUUAACUAAGAAUUUUAGGGAAUAUAGCUCUGGUUUCAGAUUACACAACUGCAGGCAAGAUGAUUUUGGGGGGAAUGGACUUUAAACCUGUUAAUAUAAUCAGUCAUCAGUUCGACAUUUGAAGGGGUGCAUGUGAUGAUUUUGAUCAAGGCUGUGCUCUAACAAAAAUUAAAGGGAGCCCAGAGCUUUGAACCUGUGAAAUCUAGGGUGCCCAGCAUAGUAUUUUUAUGAAAAAACUAAGAUUUUCUGGUCAGGAGCAAAAGUAAGGUGCCAGGGGCCACCAUGCUCUGCUGGAGCACAGCCCUGUUGAUUGGUACUAAAAAUCAUUGCUCAAAUUGCCUUAACUUUUUCAUGCACAUGCCAUUUUUAAUUGCUCAACAAAUACUGCCUUGAUUCAUUUAUUUCCUGUCAGUCCAAAUAUGUACAGUGGAACCUCUAUUCACGGUAAAUCCUAGGGGCCAAGGAAAGUGUACUCUAAAUAGAAGUGUCUGAAAGGAGAGGUUCCACUGUACCAACGUUUUCUCAGUUUGUGUGGGUUCCCUGUGGAUUCACUGACUUUAUUGUCAAUGGCCAAAGAAACUACUUUGGUUCUAUACCAGUCGGUGGUUAAAUUUAACUGCUCAAAGGCAUGAAACUUGCUUACAUGAUUGUACAAUCAUGUCUUCCCCAAUUAUCUUGGGUUCAUUCCUUGCCAUCUAUGAGUAAUAAUGGCCUCUUCCUUUUCCUGCCAAAGAAAACCCUAAUAUGGAGAAGGCAUUGUUGGAUUGGCCAAUCAUGCUGCAGUAUGAUGUCAAAGCGAAGUAGUGAUUGAUUUCUAGAAAGUUUUCGGGCUUGAAGUUUUUUUCACCGGAAGGUUUGAGUAGCCAACCAAAUGCCAAGCGCAUUUGUAUCUGUUCGAUAAAUCAGUCAAAUCACUCUAUUUCCGUUUGUUUGUUGUGUUUGUUUUGUUCACGUGUUUUCAUUUCGAGGACAUUCGAAAACCGCUCUUUUCAUGUUGAAGAAAAGGCAAGCAUAUGGCUAAGAGAGAAGGUAAAGGCAUCAAUGAGAAGGUACCGAAGAAUAUUUGUAAAUUAGCUUGUACUGUAUGCUGUCUGAGAAGAAAAUUUCUUAUGGUCUAGGUUGUAAUGCUAUUAGCAACAUGUAUUUUGUUCAGAUACAAGUUUUGUUUCAAUUCAUAGUUUUAUUUUUUUAUUUUCAGCUUCUUGACGAAUGUUUAAAGCAAAGUGUUGAUACUAAACAUACUGCAUCAGAAGUAUCUGAAGAGGCUUUCCGUCAAACAUGUGAUAUCUUGAAGGAAAAAAUGAAGCAAAGAUCUGAGGCAAGACUGCAUCCCUUUGCUAUUUCUCAGCCAGUUCCUUUAACAGAGAAAUUGCUCUCUGAUUUUGGACAGUCUCCAACAGCAAGAAUUUACCUCCAAGCACUAAAACAAGUGAAAGAAGGCUUUGAAGUUCUUCAGAAGAGUAACUUUACUAAUGAAAGAGGAAUUACUCUUAUAGCUCAUGGGUAUUUGACAGAGAAUUCUAUACUACAAGCAUUUCCUGCUGAUGUUUAUNCAGCCCUGUUGAUUGGUACUAAAAAUCAUUGCUCAAAUUGCCUUAACUUUUUCAUGCACAUGCCAUUUUUAAUUGCUCAACAAAUACUGCCUUGAUUCAUUUAUUUCCUGUCAGUCCAAAUAUGUACAGUGGAACCUCUAUUCACGGUAAAUCCUAGGGGCCAAGGAAAGUGUACUCUAAAUAGAAGUGUCUGAAAGGAGAGGUUCCACUGUACCAACGUUUUCUCAGUUUGUGUGGGUUCCCUGUGGAUUCACUGACUUUAUUGUCAAUGGCCAAAGAAACUACUUUGGUUCUAUACCAGUCGGUGGUUAAAUUUAACUGCUCAAAGGCAUGAAACUUGCUUACAUGAUUGUACAAUCAUGUCUUCCCCAAUUAUCUUGGGUUCAUUCCUUGCCAUCUAUGAGUAAUAAUGGCCUCUUCCUUUUCCUGCCAAAGAAAACCCUAAUAUGGAGAAGGCAUUGUUGGAUUGGCCAAUCAUGCUGCAGUAUGAUGUCAAAGCGAAGUAGUGAUUGAUUUCUAGAAAGUUUUCGGGCUUGAAGUUUUUUUCACCGGAAGGUUUGAGUAGCCAACCAAAUGCCAAGCGCAUUUGUAUCUGUUCGAUAAAUCAGUCAAAUCACUCUAUUUCCGUUUGUUUGUUGUGUUUGUUUUGUUCACGUGUUUUCAUUUCGAGGACAUUCGAAAACCGCUCUUUUCAUGUUGAAGAAAAGGCAAGCAUAUGGCUAAGAGAGAAGGUAAAGGCAUCAAUGAGAAGGUACCGAAGAAUAUUUGUAAAUUAGCUUGUACUGUAUGCUGUCUGAGAAGAAAAUUUCUUAUGGUCUAGGUUGUAAUGCUAUUAGCAACAUGUAUUUUGUUCAGAUACAAGUUUUGUUUCAAUUCAUAGUUUUAUUUUUUUAUUUUCAGCUUCUUGACGAAUGUUUAAAGCAAAGUGUUGAUACUAAACAUACUGCAUCAGAAGUAUCUGAAGAGGCUUUCCGUCAAACAUGUGAUAUCUUGAAGGAAAAAAUGAAGCAAAGAUCUGAGGCAAGACUGCAUCCCUUUGCUAUUUCUCAGCCAGUUCCUUUAACAGAGAAAUUGCUCUCUGAUUUUGGACAGUCUCCAACAGCAAGAAUUUACCUCCAAGCACUAAAACAAGUGAAAGAAGGCUUUGAAGUUCUUCAGAAGAGUAACUUUACUAAUGAAAGAGGAAUUACUCUUAUAGCUCAUGGGUAUUUGACAGAGAAUUCUAUACUACAAGCAUUUCCUGCUGAUGUUUAUAUAAUUCCAAUACUGUCACAAUUAUUUCAGUUAUGUGAGAAAACGUUGGAGAAAAACCCAUAUUUCUUUGAAGCCCUUGUUGUCUCAUUUGCUUUGCAAGCUUAUGAAAGAAAACUUUCUAUGCAGGGAUCUAUUGGGGACAUGAAGAAAAUCAUGUGUAUAGAUAACUUAAUUCAUUUUAUCAAGAAUGCUGAGCCAGAUGGUGUUCCCUCACAAGAACCCUUCAAUGUCAAUAAGAACUAUACUAGCUGGCUUCAUCUUUUGUAUUACUUCUUGGCAGCAAUCUUUACUGCUGGAGGGGUCUAUGCAGAUGCAGCCGAGGCUUAUGAGAAUUCCCUUCAGUAUUGCCCAUCAUAUUACGAGUCCAAAAGAGGACUCGGCUAUACAUUACUGUUGCUGUAUAUUUCUAGAUUACCGGUUAGUGAGGAGUUGAGGCAGGUGGUAAAAUCCAGAGAAGAGUUGCCCAAGCAAACAAUGAGUGAGAGAAAGAUUUCAAAAUAUGAUUCUUGGACAACUCAGCAACUGAAAGAAAUGGCUGUAAAAGUGUUAAAUGAGUAUGUGGAAGAGGCCCCUUAUUGCCACAAACCGUACCCACACGCUUACUAUUAUUUGGCAAAAAUUUCUUUACUUGAGCAAAAACUAGCUGAAUUCAGGAAAUAUUAUGAACAAGGCCAGGAUGCAGAAGAAAAGAGACUUCCUUUUUUUGAACCAGUUUCCCUGCCAAUGAAAGAUCUUAUGACUCCUGUCUACCAACUAUUUGUCAAUGUACAGAAACCAACUGGGUGUAGCAACAGGUCUUGCAUUCGGAAGGUCAAAGAAAGUGAGCUGAAGUCCUGUAGUCGAUGUAUGAUGCAAAAAUAUUGUAGCAAGUAAGUACAGUUGUACAUUGUUUUACAUGUAAUUUCCUCACAAAAAGGGGUGUGGAGCUCAAACUGUUUGUAAUCUUUUGUUAAAGAAUCUCUAGUGGUGAGAAUGACAUGCAGUCAAACCCUGUUAAUACCGAUACUGAGAGGUCCACAGAAAGUGUCCAUAUUAAGCGGGGUGAAUUUAGAGAAAAUUUAAAGGCUAGGGACAAGGCAAACAGUCUGUAAUAAUGUGGUGUCCAUAUAAAGCAGGUGUCUGUAAAGCGGGGUUCAACCGUACCAAUAAUGUCGUUGCCAUAAUAUGUAUUACAUUAAGCUGAAUAACACCUUUCGACUUGCAUACAUGUAGGUCUAUCCUACCCUUUAAAACCCCUCAGUCACUAAUCAUUUGUUUUCAUUAAAUACUUGUAUUCUUUUCACAAUUUUCAGAGAAUGCCAAAAAGCCGACUGGAAGAAUCAUAAAGCAACUUGCAAAACAACUUGUGAUGCUGUAGAAGUUUUCAAGUUAAAGGGCUAAUUACCUGAAAUGUUUCUGUUGGUGAAGCAAAUGACAAGAAUGUCAGCCUCAUUAUUCUUUCUUUGAAAAGAUUGUGGUUACCUGCAGGGGUUUUACCUACAU